CUCCCCCAGAAAGACCUCAACGCUCCUCCAUACAAACCUCGACUCUCUAACCACCCUGAACGCGUCCAUUCUACUCCAUCGAUAGCCUAGAAGGCUCUCCAGCCGUCUUUAUCUACUGAUUCCUCGCCGGUCACGCACCGGACACGCUUCUCUUAUAUACAGCAGCUGCCCUGGAGGCAACACAUAUGUCCGCGCGGUUCAACGUCAACGCACAACCUUGGGUACCUUCUGGCAGCUCUACAUCUACGUCAAGCAGUAUGGCCGGCUCAAAGCAAGUUUCGUCUUCCAGCACCCCAGCUCCUAUGUCACAGCCUGUACAGAUCAACGGGCCUCCUAUGACUAAUACUCCGCCACGAAGGGCACCGAAUCGAAACUUGCCUAAACCGAAGGGAAACCAGAACCAGGGUGCUAAACGGAGCCACAAAAACCACCGUCGUCCUCUCACUGUGGAGACUCACACGGGUCUGAGUCAUCAUGAUGACGAUUUCGAGGCCGAGUUUGCCGAAACCGCAUUCUUUGGCACUCCCGACCGUCGUGGCCGUGUGAAUCUUAACCACCUCCUCAACUUCCAAAUGGCCCCACGCCCAGCACCAGUGGCAUUCACCCCAUCCCGCCCCCGCACGAAGACUCGCUCAUACGGUAUCGGCUCCGGCCACCACCCCGAAGACAAAGCCCGCUUUGUCAACGCUAACUACCGUUUCAUCGUCGACCCCCGCCGCGACUAUCGCACCCAAACCCUCGACCCGGACAUGCCCCUCCAAUGGGAUGAUAUUCUGCAGGUCCUGGCUUCAGAACAAACUCAGUCUAACCCAUGUCCCAUUUGUUUAACCGACGUACCUGUUGCGCCACGGAUGAGUAAAUGCGGCCACGUAUUUUGUUUACCGUGUGUUAUCCAGUAUUUGCAGAGCGAAGAACUCGGUGCAGGUGGGAAGAGUAAUGCAAAGUGGAGGAAGUGUCCGAUGUGUCAUGAUAGCGUGUAUCCGUCUGAGUUGAGGCCUGUUAAGUGGUAUGCGGGUGAGGAUGUUAUUACGCCAAGGGAGGGUGCAGAUAUUGUGCUGAGGCUCAUGGAGCGGCAGCCGGGGAGUUCGCUGGCGAUGCCGGUUGAUGCGGUGGAUUUUGUUGCGUCGCCGGAUGAGAUCCCGUAUUACUACAGUGGUGAGGCUCGGGACUAUGCUCGUAUCAUGCGUGGUACGGAGGAUUACAUGCUUGAUGAAUUGGACCGUGAAGUGUCUGAGUUGAACACUAUGGAGGCGGUUGAUCAAGCACAGUUUGGUGAGGAUAGUGGAUGGGCACGUCAAGCCGUUGAUAAGAUUGCGCAAGACAAGGAGGGCGUUAAGGGGAUUGGGAAGGGCCCUGAGCCGGAGCGGGUCACGAAGAAGAAGGGAAAGAGGGCUGAGAUUCAGUUUGGUUUGGGUGUAGAGGGUGCCCCGGAGGCGUACCUCGCCAGGAAUGAGAUCCCGGUGAGUGGAUCGACUACGCCUGCUGUUGAUGAGACAUCGUCACUUAAACCGCCGCCACCGUCGCGUGCCGUCUCAACACAGCACGCCGCGAACACUCCAUACUACUUCUACCAACCACGUUCUAACUCCCGCAUCUACCUUUCCUCCCUCGACAUCCGCAUCCUCAAACGCUUCUUCGGAGACUAUGCCUCCUUCCCCACCUCCCUCCUCGUUCGCAUCGACCACAUCUCUAACGGCCAUACCGUCGACGACGACAUCCGCCGCCGCACCAAGUACCUCGGUCAUCUCCCCCGCGGCUGCGAAGUGUCCUUCAUCGAAUGCGAUUGGUCAGAUGUCGUAAGCGAAGAGGUUCUCAAAGAGUUUAAGGUUGAUAUCGAUAAGCGAACGAAGAAGAGAAAGGAUAAGGAGGCGAAGGAGGAGAGGGAUAGGGUGCGGGCGGAGAGGAUGUUUGAGGAGAUGGAGUAUCCGGGUGCUGCCCUGAGACGUCAACAGAGUGAGGAUCAGCCGUUCCGGGAUGAUGAUUUUGCACCGCUGGGGUCGUCGUAUGUGCCCGUGCCGAGUACGUCACCGCCGUUCGGAACGUCCUUUGGGACGUCGUAUUCUUCGACGGGGUCUGGAAGUGGGUCGCAUGGGACUUCGUCCAGUCCGUCGAAGACUACGGUGUGGGGUACGCAGGCUGUAUUGGGCACGUAUUCGCAUACUACGAAGACGUCAGAUUCUACUGGGUGGGCGAGGAAUUGGGAGGAUCAGUUGCUUGCUCAGGCUAUUGCUGAGUCUGAGGCUGCCGCCGCCGCCGCCGCCGCUAAUGGCGAUGUCGGAGGCAGCGUCAGUAAUGCUGGCGCUGGGAAGAAGGGCAAGAAGAAGAAGAUUGUGCUCAUGUCCACUGGCGCGUUUAGAGGAUAA